UUUUCCUGAUUGUUUUUGUUGACAGCACGUGUUGCUUGUUCUCUCAGAUCUCAACAGAGAUCUCUUUUUGCUAUUAAAUAAUCGUUUUUGACCGCUAAAUUAACAAUAAACUAACGAUAUUUUUCUAAAUAGUGUUUCUGUGAUGGGCAGGAAAAUACGGAGUAAAAAGCACAACAAACUAAAACCAGUUGACCCCUUCAACAGAAAAGCGAAUUCAAAUACCUUUAAAGGUAAGGAUGAGUUUCAAAACAUGGCACCCAAAAAGCUUGGUCAAGAGGCGCCCGGUUCGCUAAAGAGGCUCUUCAUUAUGGAUGACAUGGAUGGACCAACAAAACGAAAAAAAAAAAAAAAAACCAACCGAAUUAUAGUUCGCACAUUGAAUCACCGCAACGGUACAGCAUCAUUCGUCUCCCAGAACAUUUACGAAACAAAUGAGCAAUUCCUCAGGAGGGUUUCACAGAUGGCUAAUAGAGCACGUGAAAAGGCGGAUAUCUCUGCGAAAUUUGAUGUCCACUUCAACGAGGAUGGUUCACUCACGCAUGAAGUAUCUGACUCAGCGAGUGUACUUACUAGGAAAAAAAGACGACUGCAAGAGUAUAAGGAAAAGCGAAAAGCUAAAUCGAUGAUAUUGAAAAAACCGCGUGACAUAUGCGAGGAAACCAAUCGUCCACCGAAGGAAUUCCCUGGAAAGGAGCGAUUUAAGUUCGGGGAAGUUGUACAUGCACCACCAGAGAUAACUGCGAAACUUAGAGGCGCUCCUAAACGGGAUCCUAAAAAAACCAUUAAAAGUCUGAUGUGCAAUCCGGAGAACAUGGGGAAGGUAAAAAAAUCCCUAAGUAGUGAUUCUCAUACAAGCGUGGAACAGGCGCCGAAGGAAAACAAAGCAAAAGAAGUUCGGUCCGGAGAUUUCGACAUAAAUACAAUCUCUGGCCUAGAGAAGAUCCGAUGGAAAAGUCUUGAGGCCUCGAAAAGGGCUGAACUUGAAGUCGAGCGAGAACGAGUCAUUGAAGCUUACCGAAGGCUAAAGAAUAAAGCUUGAUUUGAGUUUGC